CAGUUUUUACGUGCAUUAUUUGACAGUUCCAUGUAUAGAAUCGAAAGAAACCGGUAUUCAGUAAAGAUUUACAUGAAGAACAUUGAAAAUCGACUUUGAUGAUUAAAUUCCUUCAAAUCAACAUGAUCUCAAUGUUAACUGUAAUGGCCUUUUUGUAGUGAUGAUUUAGUUAUAAUUAAAUAAUGUAAUGAAUUUUUAAGUUUCAAAGUAAAAAAUAUGCCAGUCACCGGAAGAUACGGACCUCUUGUUGGUGCAAUUGAUGAAGGAACAUCGAGCGCUCGAUUUUUGGUUUUUGCUGCUAAAACCUCUGAAGUGUUGACUUACCACCAAAUUCCCGUACCAACAUACUGUCCAAAAGAAGGAUGGGUCGAACAAGAUCCCGAAGAAAUUUUACAAAAUGUGAUACAAUGUAUUCAUUGUACAGUAGAUAAUUUAAGGAAACUUGAUAUUGAUGCAAGUGAUAUUGUAACGAUUGGUCUUACAAAUCAACGAGAAACUACAAUUGUUUGGGAUUCUCAAACAGGAAAACCACUUCAUAAUGCUAUAGUUUGGAUGGAUGUUAGAACAGCAUCGACCGUUGAUAAACUACUAGCCAAGAAAAAGAAACGCAAAAAUUACUUAAAACCACUUUGUGGACUGCCAAUUAGCACGUAUUUUAGCGCCUUGAAAUUACGAUGGCUAUUGGAUAAUGUUCCAGAAGUACAAAAAGCUGUGAAAGAAAAACGAUGUAUGUUUGGAACAGUUGAUACAUGGUUAAUUUGGAACUUAACAGGUGGCGUUAAUGGUGGCCUCUAUAUGACUGAUGUAACAAACGCUUCACGAACAAUGCUCAUGAAUAUUGAGACAUUAAAGUGGGAUCCACAAUUAUGCUCAUUUUUUGAUAUUCCUAUUGAUAUCUUGCCAGAAAUUCGUAGUUGUUCAGAAAUUUAUGGGUACUUAACUGAAACAUGUUUACAAGGUCUACCAAUAUCCGGGUGCUUAGGUGAUCAGCAAUCGGCGUUGGUAGGCCAAAUGUGUUUUCAUAUGGGUCAGGCAAAAAGUACUUAUGGAACUGGUUGUUUCUUAUUGUAUAAUACAGGAACUGCUGCCAUACAAUCAAUGCAUGGACUCUUAACUACUGUCGCUUAUAAAUUGGGAAAAGAUGCCGCACCAGCUUACGCAUUAGAAGGAUCUGUUGCAAUUGCAGGAGCGGCAAUGAAUUGGUUACGUGAUAAUUUGCAAAUAAUUAAAGACGUCCAAGAUUCAAAAGCAAUGGCUGAAUCUGUUUCAUGCACAGGUGAAGUGUAUUUUGUACCAGCCUUUUCUGGUUUAUAUGCACCUUAUUGGCGAAAAGAUGCCCGAAGUGUAGUGUGCGGAUUAACAGAAGAAACUAAACCAGGACAUAUAAUACGUGCCACUCUUGAAGCAGUAUGUUUUCAAAUUCGUGAUAUUUUAGAAGCGAUGACCUUAGAUUGUGGUUACCCUUUAACGAAACUAUUAGUAGAUGGUGGAAUGACAGCAAAUAGUCUUUUAAUGCAAUUACAAGCUGAUUUAUGUGGUAUCCCGGUAGUACGUCCAUUGAUGGCUGAAUCCAGUGCGUUAGGUGCCGCUAUGGCAGCGGGAAAUGCCGAAGGUAUAAAUGUUUGGGACAUCGAUACAAAUAUUCCCGUUAUCAGUGACACAUUUGAACCUUCAAUUUCAGAUGAUUCUCGCGAUAUUCGAUACUCUCGAUGGAAAAUGGCAAUUGCACGUAGUUUAGAUUGGACUGAAAGCGAUGAACCGCCAGAUGACGAAGAUGAAAAACGACUGAGGAAAGUUAGUGCAUCAUUACCAGGGAGUAUUUAUAUUUCAACUAGUCUUAUGUUACUGCUGGUGUCAUAUAGUUUAUACAAGAAGUAAAUAACGAAUUUUAAUUAGUUAUUAUUCAUUUUUAUUUAUUU